AUGCCACCAGCAAGGAGAGAGCCGCGAUACAGUGUGCAGGAUGUGAUUGAUAUCAUCCAAAAUGGGGAGAGUGAAGUUGAGAUGGAACUCAAUGACACUGAUGAGAGUGAUGAAGAUGUCUGUCAACAAGUGGACAAAGAAAACCAACCACCCUUGGACUGUCCGGCUGAUAAUCACGUGGACAUCGAGCCAAAAACAAACAAACACACCAUGCUCCGCGACAGGUAUCGCUGGCUGAAAAAAGAUUUCAUAAGUCCCAACACUGAUUUUUCUGGUCUGGAUAUCACAGGAGAUGACAUUUCCCUCCACACACCAUUGGAAUACUUCCAGAAGUUUGUGUCCGAAGACAUGAUUGAGGCUCUGACACAAAACACAAAUGAGUACAGCUUUCAGACACAUGGAACAUCUGUAAACACCACUGCAAAGGAAAUUGAAAAAAUGUUUGGCAUGUCCCUGAAGAUGGGCCUAGUACAAAUGGCUGGAACCCGUAUGUAUUGGGAGACAGAGACACGGUACUCCCCUGUUGCUGAUGUGAUGCCGCGCAACAGAUUCCAAUCCCUGUUGACGUCAUUACAUUUUGUCAACAACAUGACAGUAUCUGAGACGGAAAAGAAAGACAAACUAUGGAAACUCAGACCAUGGCUUGAUUCAUUCAGAGAGAAAUGCCUGCAGGUGGUACCAGAAGAGCACAACUCUGUGGAUGAGAUGAUGAUUCCUUUCAAGGGGAAAUUCAGCAGCAUCAAGCAAUAUAUGCGAGGCAAGCCAAACCCAUGGGGAUUCAAAGUGUGGGUGAGAACUGGAAUCUCUGGCAUGAUGUGUGACUUUGAUGUCUACCAAGGCAGUGUCAACGGAAUACGAGCCAAAUCUGAACUUGGAUUGUCAGGUGAUGUUGUGAUGAAACUUGCUUCCACACUUCCAGAAGGUCAGAACUACAAAAUGUAUGCAGACAACUACUUCACCUGUGUUCCAUUAUUAGUGAAGCUCCUUGAUCGGGGAAUUCAUUAUGUGGGAACAGCCAGGCAGGUGCGCCUACCCAACUGUAACCUUGAAGACGAGAAGAGCUUGAAGAAAAAGGGGAGAGGAAGCUAUGACAAGAUUCAACGCUGGGACAAAGCCAACAGAACCUACAUUGAAGUUGAGAGGCCUUACAUUGUUGGUGCCUACAACAAGUACAUGGGAGGUGUGGAUUUGUUGGACUCAUUUACAGCCAAAUACAAGUUCCCCAUCAAAUCCCGUCGCUGGUACAUGUACAUCUUCUGGCACACCAUCAUUCUGGCUGUGGUCAAUGCCUGGCUCCUCUACAAGCGGGACUGCAAAGCUCUCAAGAUGUCUAGCAAAGAGACAAUGAACAGGAGACAGUUUCAGGCACAGCUAGCAUCCUCUCUCAUCCUGGUGAACACAACCCUUCAAACUCCAAAGAGAGGACGGCCAUCUCCAGGCAAAGGGAGCCCAGCAACACAGGCAGUGACAUCAGGAAGCCCUCUGAAUGCUCAGAAGAGACCGUCCAAGAGAUGUGCACACCUUCCAUUGGAUGUACGCAGGGACCUUGUUGCACAUUUCCCACGGAAGACAGGAAGAGGACGCUGCAGACACUGCGAUAAAGGAUACACCAACACGCAAUGCAGCAAGUGUGAUGUUCGUCUUUGCUUUUCAGAGGACAAGAACUGUUUUUGGGACUUUCACAACCAAUGA